AUGAUAAAGAAAGUGGCGGAAAGCCUGUGCGGUGAUUGUUACACGCUAAUCAACGCCAGGGGGGAUAGGAGGUGGACACAAAACCUGCUCCGAAACAAAAGUAUGCUCCGUUUGACAAAAAUAAACUACUCAUUUGUGCAGAAAAAUAAAAAUGUCAACAGAAAUAUAUACAAUAUGAACUGCAUCGAAUUGUACAGAUACAGUUGCUUACUACAAAGGGAGAAUAUUACCAAUGCCACUAUUUACAAACAGAUUAACAAGAGAGUAGAAAUGAUUUAUAAAUUUUUAAACCCAUCCAAAAUUAUCCUCCUAAUAAAGUUAUACAUACAAAAUGCACACUUAAAUACCUACCAAAGUACCUUUCAUUGUCUUAUUGAAGUAGCAAUAACAAAACUGAACGAAUUCCAUCUGGAGGAAAUUGUAAAACUCUACAAUAUAAUUAGCAAGGUCGAAAAUAACCAAAACGUCGUCUAUCUAUUUAAAUAUGUCAAUAACCAUUUAAUUAAUAAUUACACAUUUAUCGAUGUGAAAUCCUUUUCCAUAAUCCUAAAUUCGCAUGCAAAGUUGAAAAUUAAGGAUAUGAAAUUGAUUAACAAAUUCUUGCACAUUAUACUUCAAAAAGGCCUCCAAAUCGAUAUUGUGAACUAUUCCCUCCUUUUUAACGCCUUCUAUAAACUAAAAUUGAUAGGCAAUGAUUACGUCAACGAUGUUGCGCAAAAAUUCUUGGGAGAAAUUGACGCGUGGAGAAAAAGGGAGCACUGUGCCUCUCAGGGAGUAGACCACAAGGAUGGAGAACUUUUCAACGCAGAUGACACAAAUGGAGGUGACAAAACAUAUCCUGCGAUAGGCGAACUGAUCGACUACUCCCCGCACCACAUAUGCAACAUUCUUCUCUACUUCACCAUUCAGAAUAUCAACCAAAUUGUGAAUUCAAAUGCGACGAAGGAAGAGAAGAACGAAGUAAAUCUCACCGAUAACGAACACAUAUCAUUCCUGCUAGACCUAAUAAUUAAAAAAAAAAAUCUUCUAAAAUGUGAAGAAAUUUUAAUGCUCUGUCAGAUCUUCAAAAUGAUGAAAAUGAAAAAUGACAUUCUUGUUAGCCACAUAGAAAAAGAGUUACUAACUUAUUUUAACAAUUCUAGAGAUCAGACAGUUAGCCAGAACUCUUCGAACAAGACGGACACGUUACCUACCACUAUUCAAUUCACGGAUGGCACUCUUGUAAAAAUCCUAUUUGAUAUGUGCACCUUCUAUAACAAUAUAGAUGUGUACAAUCGGAGCGUGCAACACUUUCUGCACCGAAAAAUCGAUUUCAGCACUUCUCUACUUCUUCUAUAUAUAUAUUCAGAAAUAAAUUUGCUCCACGACAAAAUGAUCUCCUUACUAAUUCAUAUAAUUAAAAAACAUUAUGUUCAAAACUUUCAAGUGGAAAAUGUGUUUCUCCUUGUUAGGUCCUUCUACAAAAUUUGCCUGAAUAGUCAGUACUAUUUCGGAAUCAAAAAAGUGUGUCGCAAAGGUGUGAAUACCGUGAAAUUUGCUUCAAAGGUGGAUGCCCACCAGAAGGAGGCGAAUGUGACGACGAGUCCUGUACCACGUCGCUCCUCUGAUCCGAUAGUAAGCACACCCAAUGGGGUAGCCAAUAAUGAGGGGAAAUCCCCCCUCCCUGUAUUUAAUAAAUUAUCACAUGAAACUGACAAAAAUGAAUGUACACAUGAAGCAAAUAUUCUAGAACAGGCAAUCACCUCAUCCGUAACGCCCCCACACAUGCAAAGACUAUUUCUCCAAAUUGAAAGCCUCGUCGAUAACGUUUUCUUCAAACUUGAAAAAGAUUUGCUAAACGAAAACAUACCAACGAAUGAGCGUAACCUCCCCUUGCUGUGCAAGAUAUUGUACUACGCCACCGUCCUGAGGAGGUUCCCCUUCAUAAAUAGCGUAAUUAUUUUAUUUACAAACAAAGAAAGUUCAGAAAUUGGCGAUUUUAAAAAUAUAUUAAACAUAUUACAUGCCUACAGUUCCGCUAAGAGUAGUGCCUUCUUCCAUUGCAAAAUAAAUCAAAUGGAUCUUCAAAUGCUCCAUGAAGAUGAUGUUACCAAGCUGUCCAUCAAAGACACCAUUCUCACACGCUACAAUUUUAUUAUAAAUAUGAAAAACUUAAACAAGGAUAUUAAAAAUAUGAUUUAUUUUCUCUUUGCGCAAUCUAGACUGAAUGAUUAUAGAUAUGUGAACGUGGAAGUUAUAAAAACCUGGCUAACUUGCUCCUUUCUGAAUAUACACCUUUUGGCAAUGCUCCUCUGCAGUCUUAUGUCGAAGGAGCUAAACGUGAUAAGGUCCUUCCAUCCACAUUGUGGACAUUCAGAUGAAGGGGAAAAACUGUCCCCAGUGGAGAUUCCCCGUGAAGACCCCCGCAAGGAAAUGAUGAACAGUCGCAUAGCUGUAAAAAAGGACAUAAAAUUUAAAUACACUAAUUUGUAUAAUCAAAUAUUACUACACAUUGAUAAACUCAUUUCAAAAUGCGAAAACGUUUACGACAUCACGAGGAUUUUCAAUUCCUCGUUUAUAUUUUUAAACCAUUUUGAAAAGUUGAACAAGGAAAAAAAAAUAUGCACAGAAAUUUCACAAAUGAAGAGAAAUGUGGAUAAAAUAAUGAAUGGAAUAGAAAAAAACAUUUUGCAAAACCUUCAUCUAUACAAUAAGGAAUUUAUAGUUCUCCUCUCUGCCAUAUGUAUAUAUAACAACAACUAUUCCUACCUCCCAUUUUCUUUUUUCUUUCAAUAUUUCGACUUUUUCACCUUUAAAAAUCACAUUUCGUACUUAAUUUUGCAAAGUACGGAUGAAGAAAUUAAGCACAUAGCGAAUGAGGUCUUUGCCCUCACAAAUUAUGACACCAGGGGAGGCACCCACAAAGAAGAUGCCACCAUUAAAGACGCCACGAAGAAUGACCACACCAAUAAGGAUGCCAUCACCCAGGAGGCGAAAAAUAAAGUGGAGUCCUUUUAUUCCUUUCACAUAUCGUGCAUUAUCGAAAAGGUGGGAAGAGUUCCCCGGAAUAACCCAAAUUGGUACAAAAAUGGGGAGAAGAACCUGCAUGUAGAAGGAGACUGCAGCAGUCUGACCCAAUUUCAAGUAAACCACAUAAUAAACAUAUACAAACAGCUGAUAAGCAAGAAUGAUUUUCCAUGCAAUGACAUUUUCAAAAAAGUUAAGGAAAAAUAUUUGCACGCUGUUGAAAUGAACCUCCUCCUCCUGAGGAGCCUUUCCCUGGAUGAGCUAAAUGACCUAUGCCUAAGCAUGCUAAAAAAGAAAGUACCAAAUAUUUUUCUCUUCAAAUGGACGCUCAAAAGAAAUUACGAAUAUAUCCAUUCAGAGGAUACCACCCCUUUAACAUACGAUUACAUUGUUAACUUGCUAAAUAUUUGCAUAAACCUAAAAAGAUACAAUCUGUUCAUGCAGGAAACGAUUCUAAGUAAAAUCCUUUUGGACAAUUCGGACAAGUUCGACACACUUCCCAGGGUGAAUAAAUUGAUAGAGUCGUUGCUCCUCUUAAACAUAACAAGCGUUUAUGAUAGCAUCUCAAAGGAGCUGUUACCUAAAAUGAAUAUAGUCUACGAGAAAUACUUCUCAGAUAGCCACCUUCUGGAUUUAAACGAGGUUCUAUAUUUUUUGUUCGUCCUAUACAACAUUAACAAGUCUGCAAAUUUUUAUUGCACAUUUGAAAAUUUCUGGAGGAAGUUUAUCCAAAUAGGGGAGAUAAAAGUAUAUCCCCAAAGGAGGUACAAUUUUGGCACCAGUCUAAAUAGCACUAUUUUUAUGGCCAAAAAUGUGUAUACCUUAAGUGGUGACAGAAAUGGAAAACAAGGACAUUCUGUAAGUACCCCUUCUGAAGAGAUGAAAAGUUUUGACAACGAAUAUGUGAUACACCUGGGUGAUACAAGUACCAAGGGAGGGGAAAACAAAACGGAGGAUGAAGAAUUCGCGCACAGAGGUGAAGUGCAAAGGGCACAAAGAACAUACCCAAGGAUAUUCAUAAAGGACCAUUCCUUUGUUACGCUUUUCUUGCUUUUGGAUCUCCUCAAAAAUGAUAGCAAAAUUGAACAUGAAAAAGCUUACCAAUUCUGCCUUACGCUGUUUAAGGAUUAUAUAUACCUACUAAACAAAGAAGUCGUGAUCCAGUGCUUGUACAUUUACUUUUAUACCCAAAUUAAUGAAGAACUGACAAAAGAACGUAGAAUGGCUGGAGAAAAUAACUCCCGAAAUGAGAACAUACAACACAUCCUUAACGUACUUAUAACGUUCAGUAAUAACCUAGACGUGUAUUCAAUUUUAAAAUUGUCUUUUAUCUAUAUUAACUUAUUUAUUUAUGCACGUAAAAAAUAUCACGUCAAGGAAAACGUGAAAAUUCUUUUUGAACAAAUUAACAAGAAAAAAAGCUUAAUCGAACAAAAUAAUAUGCUCUAUGAGCAGGUGAAGAGAUAUGAGCAUGCGCGCAUGGGGGAGUAA